GUGAGAUAUCCGAUGCCGACGCGACGCCGAUUAUUUGCACAUCACUUUAGCCUUCCUUUCCAGAUUCCCAACAUCAUCGUCUAGAUUGAUGAUAUUAAAACCCAAAGAUGACUUCCACCUUCAGGCAGCCCUCUCUAUUCGAUCAUUUCCAUCGUAUACCCAAUCCAUAUGCUCAAAAGGGUUUAGAGUAUGUGACUCCUGGAAAAGAGCUCCGGAAGUUGAAGCGCAAGGAGCAAAAGGAACGCCGGAUCGAACAGAGACGGGCACAUUUGAAGAAAAGGUCACAACUACUGGCUGAGAGGGCUACGAUCGUCGCGAAGAGACCAGUUUGGCAUGAUAUACCAGACUGGGGAGAUCGUACAGACUGUCCCCUUUUCAAACUUCCUCCGGAAAUACUGGACUUGUGCUUUGGUACUGAACUUGACAAUGAUCUUUCGCUACGAGAAUACAUAGCCCUAGCUGCCGUCUCUAGAUAUUUCCGACAGCAAUUCACUUCUGAAGUGUUCCUGGCGAUUUUUCUCCACGUCACUGGUGACUGUCGGGAAUCUUUAGAUAAACACGCAGAACACAUAUUUUCCACCCACGUCGAAGACUGGAGAGAAGAGAAACCCCUUCCAAAGAUCAGUGAAUCCAUAUAUAUCGCUUCUAUGCCUCACGACCAAUGGACUCGCGCCGAAUACGAAUACCACACAGCUCUUCAAAAGUUUUAUCGAAGCCGGUAUAUGGUUAUGUACCUCCGAGGAGAGAUCCAUCGAUGCCCCUCCGGGGGAACAAACAAAUGGAUCGGCAACGUUAGUUAUACUCAUUCAAAUACUAUGGGAGACAAGAGUAUUUACUACUCGAGUACUGUUCCUGGGCUCAAAGACGGUGAAACAUAUGACCCAAAAGAUCCCACUUGUCUCCAUGCGGAUGUCCUGGACAAGAGUAUUUAUCCUUGUUGCUCAGACUGGAGCAUGGAUACGGAGAUUGAUGAGGAUGARCCAGAACUCAACAAGUGGAAGACAAUCGUCGAAAACUAUCACGUAACGUACGAGUCCGAUUUCUGGAACCGCAAAGCUGAGGAGAUAUUACGGAGGCGAAGACGAAAGAGAUAUAGGCGGAAACAAAGCAGUCGGCCAGGGGAGCCUGCUAAACGUGUAGAUACUAAAUUAGACCUGUCCAGUAGUGACGACAGUGGGUAUGACACUGAUGACCUACAGAAACUCGUAAAUGAUGACGAACUGGGAAAUGAGACGGAAGAUGGGCUUGAUGGUUACGAUGGAGAUAACGAGGAUACAGCUGAAGGAAAGAACGACGAGAUCAACUCCGAAGUCCCGGAGAACCAAGAAAAACUUGAACUUAUGAUGCUCCGCACGCUGGCCAUAAAAGCUCGUGAUAGUCGGGAAGCGUAUGAAAAGAGAAAGGAAGGGGAGGAGACGAAGGAUGAACCGGAAUCGGACGAUGGCUGGGUUGUACCACUCCCCGGAGAUCCAGAAAGGGAGGCUCUUGCUUUGAAAUUUCUCGAGUACGUUCUUGAGCCGGAACCGCACGACCAUUGGCCAAGCCAUGUGAGAAGGACGAUUGCGCGUAACAUCAACUCUCACGCUGUUGCUGAAGAUGAUGCUAUCGAAGUUUACGGAGUUACCAAAGAGGAAUUAUAUGGUCUCAAACAUUAUCAUGGUGCCCUUUGGGAAAAAACUGAUCUCGUACUGUAUCCUCGAAUGGCCGUGGAGGCUCUUACCUUGCGAUCGCACGGUGGGCCCCUGGGUCAUUACAGGUUCAUCAUAGACAGACACGCUAGAAAACUCAGAUAAUACCACGCUCUCUUUCAACCUCAAGAUGAUCCGAGCAAGGACGGCGGGUAAGCCUACCGAUUACGAACAUCCAAGUAGGAGAUGCGCAAUAUAGCAGAGCUAAGGUUGGAACUCCUGUAACUCCUAUAGUAGUUGUGAGAUUCAAAGUAGGCUGAUGAAGCAGACCGAAUGCUGGAACCAGUCAAUGGCUCAAACCGACGUAGACCUCCAGAAACUCGCCGCUGUAAAUGGCUUACGAAUGCUCGUCACCCAGAAGGGAAGAUCUAAAGCACUAUGCAUCGAAAGCGCAAAGACAGAAGAGUCCGAAAACUCAAGGGUUCCAGCUGCUUCACAUGCUAUAAAAUUGCAAGAAAGCUCCAAAUAUGCUAUACAAGAGAAAUUACAGCUCAAAACUUGUCGCUUUACUCUACAAGACACGUUCGCACAUAUUCAAAAAGAACCCAAAAUGCUAGAUGAACCUCGGCACAAACUACUCUCUUUUAAAAUAUAUGAUUGCAAUGUCGCUACACUUCUCUCUCUGUGCUUGAAGAUUUGGCCUCGUUGGCACUUUCGGUCUUGGCUUCCCGCUCCGCUUUGGCAGCUUGAUUUUUCUUGUCAAAGGC